AUUAAUUUAAGAAUGAUAUUGACAACUAGGCCUAACCUCCAAAUGUUGAGAGAAAAUGGUAGAUUCUUCUUGAUUGUGACAUCAUUUGUUCCUGUGCACAGCAAACGCUGACAAUCGCCCAUUGUGUUUUGUAUCUAGGAUGCGCUGUAGAUGCAACAUCUGCAGCCAAGAUGACUCAAGAUUGAAAAGAAAAAUAUAUAGAAAUGGAGAGUAAAACUAGCAUUGGAAACAAAAGUACAAAGGCUGCAAAGGGUGGUUACAAGAACAAGAAGAGCCUAAUGCCACAGGCUUCUAACAAAAUCUCAAAACAAAUCUCAAGUACUGGACAGUCGCAAGGCUCGGGAAUGAACGGAGAGAAAAAAAAGGGGCCGCCACCAAAGAUAUGGGAUAGUCAAUUACAACAGAUGAUCAUUUAUCCACGCAACUUGCUUACACUACGACUUCAGUUAUACCAACAAUCAAAGAGGAAAGAAAGCCUAUUUGAACAAGUUGAGGAGAAAGAUGUUGUAGUUCGUAAAUUGAAACAAGAAAUUCCAGGGAAAACAGUCAUGGUCCUCAAACCAGCACCUUCCUCUGCAGAGAUACAGUACAGUAAAGAUAUAAAUUAUGCUGGUCCAAGGUUUGAUGACAAAGGAAAGUUUAUCUCACACAGUAUCCUAGGGGGACUGGAGGAUUUCAAAACCAUGGCACUUAAGAAAGGAGAGUUUGAGCAUUUAUUCACUAGACAAGAAUCCACUGAGAGAAAGAGGAAGUCUGAGGUGGAAGAUAAUUGUUGUGGUCCACUGAAAACAUGGAAAUAUCAUUUGAAGGACUGGAAACGCUUACAGCAGCACCUCUCUGGCGCUGUUUCUCGUCCAAUGGAGGACUUACUAAUGAACACCCCAGAUUUCUACCCCAGUCCGAUCCUGAAUAGACAACAUGUACAUGCAGCGCUGGAAACCAUGUACUCUAGCCAUGGAGAAGAAAGAAAAGCAAGUAGAUUCUGGAGACAAAGAGUUCCAAGGGGAGACGACCUGACUGGAAUACAUGUGACAUUAAACCAAUCAGACGAAGGAAAGUUCAUGGCUUCUGAGCAGUUUGUCGAUGUGCCAAAAAUCAUCAAGCAGGAAAAAGGUGGAAUUAUAAGAAGCUAUCCUGCAUACUAUACCCACUAUCUGGAGGAACAAGAGUCCGCUGUCUCCGACGUCAUACACAUUCUCAACCCACACAAACCUUUGAUGGAGGAAUUAAGCAUUUCUGGUAAAAAGCAAGAUGGACCAUCAGCAGCACUAUCUGGUGGAGAUGGACCAAAUAUCUCAGGGGAGACUACUCUUGGAGAAGUGUUUGGAAAGGACAAUUUCAGGAAAAGUAUAACAAAUUCUCCAACUGUCCAACAACCAAUCAGGAACAAAUGGGAGGGGCCAGCUGUAAUGAUUGGCAGCAAAGUGUUCAAGUGGGCGGGGCCAAACCGAGACCAGGAAGGACAGACAGCAGGGAUAGUCUCUGUUUUAUUUGAGGGCAUGGUUGGUAAAAACAUCCUGAGUUAUCUGGAGAUUCACAAUGUUGGCAGUACUGUGGUACACUAUGAGUGGACGAAAAAUAAGAAGAAAGGUUUAGAAAAUCUUCCCUCCUUUCAGGACAGCAGGUUCUACUUUCUCACUGAAGGAGGUGUUAUGGCUCCUGGAGAGACCCUCAAACUUCCAAUCCUCUUUAAAGCAAGCAUCGGUGGAAUUUUCUCCGAGUCCUGGAAACUGACGACACGCCCACUGUUGUGUUGUGGUGCUAAUAUUGUAAUAAACCUUAAAAGUGUGACAAGUGUUGUAAGACUUCCAAACCAGGAACUAGAGAAAGUAGAGAAAUGCCUGAACCACAGGAGUGCCCUCACCAUUGCCACUGAGAUAGUGGAGGACAUUUUCCAUGCAGUGAAAACCCCACAGUCCCCGUUAUCUCCAGUAAUGGAGCACACAUCUCAGGAGGAGAGUUUCCAGGAAGACUUCCGGGGGAUGAUAUACCACUCUGGUAAAGUUAAGGAAAUGGAGUCACUGUAUAGUACUAUCCUUACCUCCAUACCAGGAGAGUUCCAAAGUCAGAAAUGUUCCACUGUAGCAGUAAAACAGGCCCUCGGUGAACUCAUGAGCCUCGACCCAACUAAUGAGGAGGAUGAGGAUAAAUGUUGGGAGGAAGCCUGUCACAAGUACGAUUGUCUCAUUAGCUACGAUCACCUGUGUUCCUCUCUUCUCUUCUCCUGGCCAACCCCAGUCAAAAGCCAACACUGGGAGCGAUAUAAAAUCGGGUUGAUGACACUUCAGGGUGCAGUAGACAAGUUUAUGGAUAUGACAAGCAGGACAGCAUUAAAGCUUAGGACUUCCUCUCCGGAUUGAUGAGGAGGAGGAUGCUCUUGACAAGGCUGCUAGAAAAGCACCCCCAAAGAAAAGUCUGUCUGUAAAGACUAAGAAAAAAGAUAUUGAGAAGGCCGCAGCCUCAGGUCUGACACCAGGUGGACAAACAAAGGAGGAGAGAUUGAAGUCCUCCCCGUCCCAUAAAGGACGUCCCAAAACCUGCAGCCCAGAGUCAAACUCAGACCCUGGUGAGAAGGUACCAGAAAGUUUCAUUCCGGUUGUUACUUCAAAAGUGUCCAAAAGCAACAUGGACAAAUACAAGGAACGUGUCCAUCUCCAGGCCUACCUUAUUUUGGAAACUGCCCUUGACCAGAUGUUCCUAUUGUUUGAAGAUUAAACCUGUGAAGACUUCUACUUUCUACCCACUGUAGCAGGAUAGGAUUUAGCUCAGGAUUGUGUGUUCUAAGAUAUUUCUCUGGAUUCGGAAAGUUUGGAUAAAUGGAGUCACCAAUGGAUACAUAAAAUUAUUAUCGAUGAAGUUAAAAUAUCUAUAUGUAGAAAAUAAAAAAUAUCUAAACUGUUUAAAAAAUUGAAAUAAUGACGAUUGAAUUGAUUUAAAGCUAAAACUUUGAAAUUGAAUAUAGAUAUUCAACACUUUUUUCAAAGUGAAUAUUACAUAUAUACUAUGUUUUGUGAAGUAUCUAUAAAUGAAAACUUCUAUUUUUAUUUAAAUCUGUAAAUAUUCUAUCAAAAUAUGUUUUUAUGGAACAGUACAGUAAUUACCUCCCCUUACAAACAUGAUUGUAAAUUAGUCCUAUAUACAUGUAUAUAGGCAGUUUGUAAGGGAGACAAUCCAAAACAUUUACAAGGUGCCAAAUAAUUAAGUUGAUGUUACAAACCUAUAUUUUUACAUCUGUUAUGCAUAAAUCAUUAUGUAAUAUAUAUAUUUUAUUUAUAUAUACAAUUUUUGAUCUUUAGAUAUACAAAGUUUUAUCAAAUUCUGAUAAAAAUGUUUACCAUAUACACAUGUUAAUACCGAGAUUUGGUUUGGAGCAAUAUAUUGCUAUUCAUUUAUCCACAUUUUCUUUUAAAAUAUACAUUACAGAAUAUGUAUUAUAUAAACAUGUAUAUAUAUAUUUUUAUAUAUUUUUGGUUACUAGUCAAUAGAUGAGAAAUGAUUUAACCAGACAGUGAAAUGGCUGUUACUUUUUUAAGCUGUUAAGACAUAUUUUUGUCAGAAAUAUCCAAUAAAGAAGACUAAUUAAAUCAUUUAUAAUUUUUGUUGGUUUUACAUCAGAACAAUAGAGGAUGCACACUAGAUAUGGGUU